AUGAUGCACAAACCCAUUGAAGUAAAUGCUUCGCUAACUCUAACUGAAAAAUGGCAUACAAUUUUAGGGCAUAUAAACUUUAAUGAUUUAAACACCAUAGUCAAUUACAAAUUAGCAAAUGGAAUUCCUGAUAGAUUAGAACCUUAUAGCCUAGAAUGUGAAACUUGUCUUGAAAGUAAAUUCACCAGACCAAAAUUUAACAAUAAUCGAACAAGGGCAAAUCAAGUUCUCCAAAUAGUACACAGUGAUAUCAAUGGACCUAUCAAUCCACCUGGUUAUCGUAAUGAAAGAUUCAUUCAGAGUAUAAUUUUACGUCAAUUAAACUUGCUCAAUACUCUGAUCGCUGAGCUAAGAGAUGAACUGAAUGUGCUCAUUGAAUCGAUUCUUUUCAUCAAACAAAAAAUCAUUCACCCUAAUGUCAUCACGCCAGAAGGUCUCAAAACUGAGUUAGAAAAAAUCAAACUGAGACCAAACCUAUUUUUGCCAUUUUCACCUCAUGAUUUUAAUAACAUUUAUACGUAUUUUACACUUUGCAACCUCUCUGCCUUCUUCGAAAAAGGUCUUUUAAUUUUUGCGAUAAAAAUUCCAUUAGUAAGUGAAACCUCCUACAAUUUGUAUCAUCUUCUACCGUUGCCCGCCCUGACCUCCAAUCCUAAUGUGUUCUCCAUAAUCGAUCCCCAAUAUCCAUACCUCUUAAUUAGCACAACAAGAACGAAAUAUGCUCAACUCAGGAACAAAGAGAAAUGCACCGUUACCGGUCGAGCAGAAUACAUUUGCUCCGAUCUGGUGACUUACUCAUCGACGCAAGUUCCCGUAUGCGAGACUCAACUUUUUGCAAGCCCAAUCUCCAUGCCGGCAGAUUGCCUAACUCGGACGUUGAAGGCUAACUUGGAAAUCUGGCACCCGCUGCAACCCAACGUCUGGCUCUUCACCGUCACGAACCCCACUCCAGCCUCCAUUUCUUGUGAUGAAGCCCCGGGCCAAAUCCAAGAUGUACAAAUCAUCGGUUCCGGCACGCUCAGUUUGAGACCUCGAUGUCAACUCUACACCUUCUCCACCGCAUUGACAUCAUCAUCAAACACGUCGGCAAACUUCACCAAUUUUGUACCCCGCUUCAACAUAUCCCUAGACAACUGCUGUUUCGAUCAAUCCGAAUUUCUUAACAAAAACCCAACCUUCAUGAAACCCAUUAGCAUCACUGGCCUUAACUUAGACGACUUAAAACAUACUAAGCAUAAACUCGAUCAAUUUCAAGAGACCCUACAGUCAAGCAUAAAUAAACCCCACAUUGUACCCCAUUCACCAUUUUAUCAGUCGUACAUUGCAUUCACCGUUUUUUUACUUAUAUUAUUCUUUAUGUACAUUUUUUGUUGCAAAUGUUGCAAUUGCCAUUGUCUACCGUUUAUCGGUAAAUUUUGGCCGAGGUCCAAUGCUAAUGCUCCGAUCGACCUAUCAAAAAUUUGUAUUACUAACAUCAACUUAACGAGGAACUGGAACACCAGAGCCCAUUUUGACGACUCAGGUGAUGAGACAGAGCAAAUUUAACUCCACACCAGCCACCCGGCUUCAAUAACAUCCACAAGACCACGUACUCGCUCCCAAGGUCUAGUAACAUAAUUCGGAUCAAAUAGCAAAUCUUUUUUCAGUAUUCAUAAUUUCCCAUUUAUGCACAAUUUUUUUCGUCAUCAUAACUUACGCCUCAAAGUUCACAUUGUUCAUGUCACGAAUACUUCACAUUUGUCUAUUCACGCCGAAAAAUGUCAUUUUCGCUUUCAAUUUUUUUUACUUGCCUCAAUUUUUCAAACCGCCCUUUCAUUUUUUUAUUUGCAUAAAUUUUCGAAACCCCGUUGUUUCAAACAAUGUAAAGGUAUGAUUUGUGAUUUGCUGUGUAUCAGCUAUGAUUUCCAAGUAAAUUUGAAUGAAUGUAAAGGGCAGAUCUCCUAGCUUUUAAAUAUUUUUAUUCUGCCAUGUUGACCAUGUUGUUAUUUUUAUUCUGUCAUGACUCUGUUGCCAUGAUGUACUUAGUCUGAUUCCUGGCUGAGUUCUUGAUUCAUCUCAGUUCAUCAUCCUCAUUUUCGAUCUGUGAUAAGUAAUGUGAUAUGUGUGUACGUGACGUUUUGAAUAUACAGAUUUAUUUUUCAAAGUU